GACAGAAGAGCGAGAGCACCCAUGUGUAUAGACAUACACGCGCAUGGUGAGAGCUGAGAGAGCAUUACAAGCACGCAUUCUCGUUCUGUCUCCCGGUGAAGCCGUGCAUCUGACAUGUUCUCGAGAUGAUGGUCCAGGACGAGUUGUCGACCUACGUGCUUCAAAAGAUAAAUGAUUUUCGACAAAAAUCUGUGGAAGAAAUUGAAAACUGGUUGCAGGAUGAAGAACCAUUUGUUCCAAGAAGCAGUCAGCAGAUAGACGUUCAAAAAUGCUUUGGUGACCUGUCGGUUCAAAUUCUCUAUGAUAAUUACAACGUUGUACUUAAUAAUGCCACAAACAUCAAUUUGGAUGGUACCUUAAAGGAGGAACACAUCAACAACAUUGUAGCAGAGUACGAGAAAUACAGCAGCAAUGUUUCAUCAGAAUUUCAACAAGAAAAUUUGGACUCAUUUUUAACAUCGAAAAAUAGCGAUAUUGGAAGAGAUAAAAAUUUAUUACUAGCACAUCCUGAACAAGUGCACAACGGUAAUAGUCACGAGACCUUGAUUCAAGGUAUUGUUAAGACAAUCAGUGAAAUCGUUAACAAUGAAUUUGUUAACAAUCCUCAAGUACAAAAAAAUAUACAAAAUCCUAACAAUGUAGAACAACAUUUUGAAAAUGGCAUAAACAUUUAUGAAAAAGAUCUUGCUGCUAAAACUAGUGAUGUCCUUCCUGAAAAUACUAUUGAAUCUUCCAAUAAGAGAUCAACCAGUGAUGUCUCAAAAAUUUCUUCAAGCGUUGAACAUAAUCUUGUGAAUAAUGGCACAGCUUCUGAAAAUCCGAUUCCUAAGCAUUUUGUUGAAACUAAGCCAAAUAAUUGUAGCCCAGAAGGUAAGGGUAUUAAAUUAGUUAUCAAAAAAACAAAACCUGCAGCAAGUAACAACAGUGGACAACUAUCAAGGGAAGGCCAAAAUACUUAUAUUAUUACAAAAAAUUCACUAUUGGAUACCAGUGAUUCAACUACUAAAUCUAGUAAUGCUCGACGAACUAGCAAACGCAGUUGUACCAAAGGUUCCAUGAAAAAAAGCUGUAACCAAAUUACAAAUACUUCUUCUGAAUCCGAAACAAGUGAAGAAGAACACAAGUUGUACAAAAAUAAAAAAAAAUCAAAUCCUAGAUAUCAUUCGGAAAUAAUUACAAAAGUAUUGGCUAAUAACAAUAUUACAGAUGAUAAGUUACGAUACAUCAAAAGUGAUGGAAAAAAAUUGUGGAUAUGCCACAUAUCUGGAUGCGGAAAUAAGUAUCCCAAACUUUAUUUGAUAAAGGAACAUUUACUAACACAUUUAGGAAUAAAACCAUUCAAGUGUGAUUUCAAAGACUGUGCGUGGGCCUUUUACUCCAUCUUCAAGCUGAAACGCCACCAAAAGUCUCACUCGAAGGUAAAAGCGUACGUAUGCUCGAAACUCGACUGCAAGCGCCGAUUCUCGACUGCCAGCAACUUGUCGAUCCACGAGCGUUCGCAUCAGCAAGUAGAAAAAUACGCGUGCUGGCUAUCCACCUGCGACGCUAAAUUCUCAACGCAAAGGGUUCUGCAAACGCACAUGCGAAGUCAGCACGUCGAGGCAUCCGCUCCGUUCGUAUGCACCGCACGCGGCUGCGAUAGGCGUUUCUACAGCAACAACGCUUUUAUGUCUCAUCAGCGCUGUCACAACUACUCGGUUGAAGAUUGUACCUGCACGUGGCCCGGCUGCGGUAAAACCUUUGACUUUCCCCGCAUACUCAAGACGCACAUGCUCUCGCACACGGGUGAAAAAUCUUACGUGUGUAUUUACUGCGAUGCAGCGUUUAGUACUGCGAGUAAGCUCAGCCGUCAUAAAAGAACGCACUACAAUGACCGUCGAUUCGUUUGCUACGUGAAGGGUUGCGGCAAGAGUUUCUUGCGAACAGAUCAUCUCAAGGGGCACAUGAUUGUACACAAAGCUGACAGAGAAAAAUAUAUCUGCGAUUACUGCGAUUGCACGUUUAUGACCAAAAAUUCAAUCACAGAACAUGUGAAAAAACAUUUGAAUGGACACUACGAGAGAUUGAAAAUGCCCCGUAAACGUUACUUGGAAAAGAACAGUAAUGAUGCAGACAAAGAAAUCUGUGCCCGAACACAGCCUUUCAAAAAUCUCGUCGAGCUGUCAAAAAAAAAAUCAGUUGGUGAAUGUACAAAAACCAAGGUGAAGAAAACAAAGCGAAGCCAAGAAAGUUUUUCCGAGGUCAAAGAAGUGAAAUCCAAGAGGGCUAAGGAGUCACUUUUCGAAAAAGAAAAUGUACCACCUCUUUCUAAAGUACAAAAUAAUAGUGCAGCUCACUUCAUUUUAUCUAGUCCAGCUUCCCAAGAAGAAUAUUCACCGGCAGACCAAGGCAUGGUAAGACCUGCAUUUGAAGAGAAUAAAGCCGUCUUGGGCGCUGAAAAUUGCGAAAGUGACCUUUUAAUCGAAGAAUCGACUCUUUUGUACACACAAGACAACUUUUAAGUGCCUGA